AAGUGCGGACUUGGCGAACUGCGCGCUCUGAAAACAUGCGCGUGCUUUAUUGCUAAUAGCGGGGAGGAUAAUUAAUAUGCGUAAACCUCAAUAUGAGGUGAAACGCUCUUAUAGUCUGUUUACAUAUCAGAUUACAUAUAGGCGUGCUUUAAAAACGCGUCCUUCUGACGCUCGGUUUCACUUCCUCUCUGGCGAAUGGCUUUACUUUAAAGUUUAACUGAAGUUGGAAAGUUGUGCACUGCUUGUAAACAGAAGCAGGAGCUGCAGGAGCUCGUUCGCUCAUGGCUGUGGUCGGCGGCAAGAGCGCAGCGCCGUUCUCCGUGAUCAAGCGCUCGUUGUCGCUGCGCUCGGUGCUCUCCGGCGGGCGGCGCAGCGCGCAGGAAGGGCGGCUGGUGACCCGUGCUUCUCACCCGCUCCGGACUCACCGACACCCCUCCUUUGUGUGCUUCUCCUGCCAGGACUCCAUGAGCGAAACCCUGCGGACCUGCUACGCGUAUCUGAACCAGACCAGCCGGAGCUUCGCGGCGGUGAUCCAGGCCCUGGACGGAGAGCUACGGCAUGCGGUGUGUAUUUUCUACCUGGUUCUGCGAGCUCUGGACACAGUGGAGGAUGACAUGAGCAUCCCGCUGGAGAAGAAGGUCCCAUUGCUGCAGGACUUCCACACGUUCCUCUAUCAGCCGGAGUGGAGCUUCAGCGAGAGCAGAGAGAAAGACCGGCAGGUGCUGGAGGAUUUCCCCACGAUUUCGGUGGAGUUCAGGAACUUGGGCCAGGAGUAUCGCGAGGUGAUUUCAGACAUCUGUUACCGGAUGGGUGUGGGGAUGUCCGAAUUCCUGGAGAAGAAGGUUUCAUCCAUGCAGGAGUGGGACAAGUACUGUCAUUACGUGGCGGGUCUGGUGGGGAUCGGCCUGUCCCGUCUGUUUUCGGCGUCCCAGCUGGAGGACGCUGAGGUGGGCUGGGACACAGAGCUGGCAAACUCCAUGGGUCUGUUCCUCCAGAAGACCAACAUCAUCAGAGACUAUCUGGAGGACCAACAGGAGGGAAGAGCCUUCUGGCCACAGGAGGCCUGGAGUCAGUUUGCGUCCCGUCUGGAGGAUUUCGCUCGUCCUCAGCACCUGAGCUCUGCUCUGUCCUGUCUCAACCUGCUGGUGACCGAUGCUCUCCAUCACGUCCCAGACGUCAUCGAAUAUCUGUCCCGCCUCCGCAACCAGAGCGUCUUCAACUUCUGUGCCAUUCCUCAGGUGAUGGCGAUAGCGACUCUGUCGGCGUGCUACAACAAUCCUCAGGUGUUUCAGGGCGUGGUGAAGAUCCGGAAGGGUCAGGCCGUGACGCUCAUGAUGCAGGCCACAAGCAUGGGUGCCGUCCAGAGCAUCAUCGCACAAUACAGUCAAGAGAUCCUGCAGAAAGUGUCCGCCUCGGAUCCGUCGCGAGAGAAGACUCUGCGCAUCCUGAGCCUCAUCCGAGAGAAGAGUCUGUCUCCGGCCGCGCUCUCGUCCCGAGCGCACCACAUCUCUCCCGUCUACAUCUCGGCCGCUAUGCUGUUAGCGGCGCUCAGCUGGCAGUACAUGAACGCCGCGGCCGGACAGCCACCAGGGGGCGCUGACAUGCACGGACACUGAGACACACGCGGAGCAGCGCUGAACUCACUGCCAAACCACAGAACGAGUCGGGGAUCUUUAGGGAUCUUUCUGUGACACUCAAUGAUGUUUAGGUCAUUUUCACCCCAAAAUCAAAUGAGAAAACAAUAAGAAAUAGUACAAAAUCUGCUCUAAAAUGAGCAUUUAUAUACAUUUUUAAUACAUUUUAUUAGGUUUUAUAUGUGUAAUACAUGGAAAAGCGUGUGUCUGUAUAUAUGUGUGUGUGUGUGUGUGUGUUCAAAAUCAAAUGAGAAAAAAAAAUAUAUGUAAUACAUAAAUAAAAAAAUGUGUGUGUGUGUGUGUGUGUGUGUAUAUAUAUAUAUAUAUAUAGAGAGAGAGAGAGAGAGAGAGAAAUAUAAAAAGAAAAAAUAUAGCUUUCUGUGUAUUAUAUACAAACUAAUUUAAUAUAUAAAAUUAUACAAGUAGUUUUAUAUAUUUAAUGAAAAUUAUAAAAUAUAAAAAAGUUACAUCCCUUUAAUUUUUAUGUUUAUAUAUAUAUAUAUAUAUUCUUUUGUUUUAGUGGUGAUAAAUGAUCUGAUGAUUUGUUUUGUUUGUUCUGUGUUCAGUUGUGUGUCUUUGAUGGAUGUUUGUGUAUUUGAGACGCUCAAAUGUGAAUUAUUCUAAAGUUAUGUUUAUGACGCUCAUCUUUUUUGUUCUGUUUCAUCAAAUCAUCUUAAACAUCUAAAACCAGAAGUUUUCAUUCCAGUAUAAUAUAAUGUCAGUCUUAUCAUUUGGACAGAGAUUUAUUUGGUUCCGUUAAAGGUUCUCAGUUACACACAAACUCUCAAGCAGUUGCGGGUUUACUGAUCACGGUAGAACAUGUCUAGAUCAUAUUUCUCAUCAAGUUUUAAGACCAUUGUUAUUUUUUGCAUUGGAAUUAAUUAUAUUAAUAUUUAUUAUAAUAAUAUAUUAUAUUAUAAUACUUCACAAUGCAAAAAAAACUGUAAUGGAAUUAUUUAUAUAUUUUAUUUUAUUUACAAAAAUCUGAUAUCAGCACUAAGAAAUUAAAAUGAUGCAUUGUAAUGUUUUAUUGCAUUUCAUUCAUUACAGUUUCUCAGUGCUGCUAUUAGAUUUUUGGGAGUAAAAUAAAAUAAUUAAAAAUAAGAUCUAAAUAAAAUGUAAAGGAAAAAAAUUUCGCUUUUGAACAAACUUUAAAUUGUUUGAAAAAAUAUAUUUUUUUUUAUUAUGGGGUGUAAAAUGAGCCGAGGUGUUCUUGACAGCUUUCAUCAGGUUCACUCGUGUGGUUUGGAUGUUUUGCACUACAGCAAAUGAUUAAAGUGCCCUUAAUAUACAGCUUUUAUGUGGAAAAGCUAGCUAGAGAACUGUACAUAUCAAAAGAUUGGUUUAAUUAGCAUUGCUAAUAAUGUAAUGUGGGAGUUUGAAUUGUAAAUGCAUUUAGAGAUAAUAAAUAUAUAAAAAAUGUA